GCGGAUGUGUACAUAUUUCCACCUAAAAUCAUGCAUGCGGUGACAAAAAUCUUUAUCAUUUUCAUAUUUGUAUUUAUUUUAUGGACGCUCUACGUAGAAAAUGAUAUAACAAAUAGAACCAGAAAUACGGAUAAUAUUGAUGAUUUACUGGAAUCAGCGAAUAGAUUGGAGCGGUUAUUGAAGUUUGAGGCAAAGAAGAUUGCUGCGUUGGCGGAAGAUGUGCACAAAAUAAGGGCAAACAGGAAGGGAAAACAUGUGAUAAUGGAAGAAAUGGUUUCUCAAGAUUUGAAGCAAUGGAAAGACCCCAUUCCGGUUUUGGUUUUCUCCUGUAAUCGUGCGAUGGCAGUGAGAGACCAUGUUGAGAAACUUAUCAGGUACCGACCAAGUCAGGAGAAGUUCCCAAUCAUUGUUACCCAAGACUGUGAUAAUGAAAAUGUGAAGAACGAAGUGAAGAAGUUUGGAGACAAAGUGGAGUACAUUAAGCAUUUGGCCGGCGAUAAAGCGAAUAUCACAAUUCCACCCAGUCACCGACAGUACACCGCUUAUUACCGCAUAGCACGUCAUUACAAAUUGGCGCUCAAUCACGUUUUUGUUGAUAAGGGCUACUCAUCAGUCAUUAUUACAGAAGACGAUCUCGACAUUUCGCCAGACUUCUUCUCGUACUUCUCAAGUACGCGAUAUUUGCUGGAAAACGAUGAGAAAUUGUGGUGCGUCACUGCCUGGAACGACAAUGGAAAACAAGAGAAUAUUGACAUGACUGCGGCUUCUACGUUGUACAGAAGUGACUUCUUUGCAGGACUUGGCUGGAUGAUGUCUUCGAAAACGUGGCAUGAACUAGAACCAAUUUGGCCUGUAGGAUUUUGGGAUGACUGGAUGCGAGACCCUGCACGGCGUAAAGAUCGUCAAUGCAUCCGACCUGAAAUCAGUAGGACAGGGAUGAUGUCUUAUGGAAAAGAAGGCGCCAGCAAAGGCCAGUUCUUCAGCAAGCAUUUGGCAAAGAUAAAAGUCAACGAUAAGUACAUCAACUUUGGGAAGAUUGACUUGGAUUAUUUGUUGCCUGCCAAUUUCGCGAAGAAAACAAAUUUGGAAGUCAUGAAGGAAGCCGUUGAGCUGAGCAUAGAUAAUGUGGCUUCUUUUGUAUUGAGCUCGGAGAACAAAGGAAAAAGUGUCAGAGUGAUGUACGAUGGCAAUAUUGACUACAUCCGGAAAGCUGACAAACUUCAUAUAAUGCACGAUUUCAAAGCUGGUGUCCCACGUACUGCAUAUGAUGGAAUAGUCACUUGUUUUAUAAACGGAAUUCGUAUUUACUUGGUACCUGACAGAACAAAAGUGUCAGCAUAUAAUCCAGAUUGGUCGGUUCCGCCGUCGUUUGGAGAGUAGUUUUGUGGCUUUGAUAAUGUUUAAACUUUAUAUUUCACGGGUUUCAUUCUUACCGAAUCUAGUCGACUCUGGCCUGCAUUCCUAUUAUUUUGUUCAACUCUUUCCAGUGAAUCUGACAUUUGCAGCUAGUAAUUUGAUGUGAAAAUUAUUACCUUGUUUCGAGAUGUGAUUGCCCUACGAAAUUCAUAUCUUUUCUCAGCAAUUGCACGUUUUAUUUGCUACGUUGGUUGUUAUUUUAGGGGUAUUGUAAUUGAUUAUCAAUCUUUUUCUUUCCAAUAUGUUACAUUCCACGGAAAAAUAGUUUUUUUUUGCAAUGAAUAAACGAGUGAGCGUUU